AAAAGAUUGUGCUAAAAUUUAAUAAUACUUUAUCUAUCAAUGGAGUAUCCUUUUGGCCACCACGGUCACCACCACCACCACCACCGUCGCGACGACGACGACGACCGUCGAGAAGAAUUUCCACCUCCCGGCCACCGACCACCCUACGAUGAACCACCUCCUCCUCAAGUUGGCCAGGUCUUUCAUACUUCUCAUGUAGGUGGACCACCACCAAUGGAACCUAAUUAUGACCGGCCUCACUAUCCUCCGCCGCCGAUGGAUGAUAAUUAUGGUCGGACUGAGUAUACGCCACCGAUGGAUGAUAUUUAUGGUCGGACUAACUAUCCGCCACCGCCAAUGGAGGAGAACUAUGGUGGAUCUUACAAUCGUCCACCGCCGAGAUCCGAUUACUAUGACGCCCCACCACCACCACCUACUUCCGGGUAUCCCUCCGUUGAACACGUGUCUCAUGAGAGUGAGAGUGGUGAUCGGCAUCAUGAUCGUCAUCGUUUUCAACCUCAUGUGCCUACAGCCUUCCAUCAUCAAACUUCAGAUCCAGAGCUUAUGGAUAAACCUUCUUUUAGGGUUUAUACUAAGGCUGAUACUAAUUACUCUCUCACCAUCCGUGACGGAAAAGUUGUUCUUGCUUCUAAUGAUCCAUCAGAUCCAUUUCAACACUGGUAUAAAGAUGAGAAGUUCAGUACUAAAGUGAAGGAUGAAGAGGGAUUUCCAAGCUUUGCUUUGGUUAAUAAAGCUUCAGGACUGGCAGUGAAGCACUCUAUUGGCGCCUCUCACCCUGUGCAGCUCACCCCAUACAAUCCCGACGUUCUUGAUGCAUCAAUCUUAUGGACAGAGAGCAGGGAUGUGGGUGAUGGUUAUCGAGCAGUUAGGAUGGUCAAUAACAUUAACCUCAAUCUAGAUGCAUGGAAUGCUGAUAAAGAGCAUGGAGGUGUCCGCGAUGGGACCACUGUUUGUCUUUGGGAAUGGUGGAAAGGAGACAACAGGAACCAACACUGGAAGAUCGUUCGCUUCUGAUAUGUUGGCUUGUGAAUCAUGGCUGGAAUUGGGUUGAUGCGUGGUAUUUUUCUUUCAUCAUGUGGCUUGUUACCUAUGUUGUACUGUAUUGUAUGUCCCUCCAAAACAGUAAGAAGUAACAUUAAAAUAAGAGGGGAAAUGCUAUGUAUAUUGUGGAGAUGUUGGCUACAGCAUGUCUGUUCAACUUAUAUUUAUAAAAGCUUGUUUGAUGAGUUGUGUUGUUGAAUGUAUUUUGAAUGUCAAAAUAUAUUACUUUCAUACUCUAGUUAAAACAUACAA